AACGAGUGCCUUCUCAAGGAGUGCACCUGCCCGGGCGGUGGCGUUGCCAACGAUGGGACCGCCUGCCACGAAAAUGGCGAGGUAAAUUGCAAGAGCUGCACCGCUGCAAAUUUUGCCGUUAACCCCGCUACUAAGGAUUGCGAGUGCCAAGACUCCCUAGGGUUUUACGAAGAUAGCAGUGGGGUUUGUGCGCAGAAGACUUGCGUCUGUGAUUUUGGAGCUGCAGCAACAGGAACCGAUUGCCCGAGCAAUGGCGCGCAGCAAUGCAUGCCGGUUGCUACCUGUGAAGACGGCUACUACCUGAAUAGCAGCACGGGCGAAUGCGAGGAGAAGCAGUGCACUUGUGCGAAUGGGAUAGGGAAGACGGGCAAAGAAUGCCCAACGCACGACGCCCACGACUGCGCUUCGUGUACGAACAACUACGAUCUACUCAACUACAAGUGCGACACCUGUUUGCCUGGAUUUUACGAGCCAAGCGGCCCUGGAAACGGGUGCGAGCUGAAACAGUGCACCUGCCCGGGCGGCGGUACUAGCCACGAGGGGACGGCGUGUCACGAGCACGGGGAAGUUAGUUGCGACAGCUGCAGCAAGGCAAACUUCGAGAUCGACCCGGUUUCCCGAGAUUGUGUCUGCAGCGACGCCUCGGGCUUUCACGAGGAUGCCGCGACGGGGGCGUGCGUCGUGAAGACUUGCGAGUGCGAGUUCGGGACCGCGGCCACGGGGCAAGAGUGCCCCAUAUGUGUUGCAAAUAUGAGUCUGGGUCUGGAAGAACGCAACUUGUGAUGCAAAUUUUAUUCAGACAACUCAAAGAUCUGUCAUGCAUGAACAGCGAAUGCGGCCGAAAAUAACCUGGAACCAAUCUACAGGAUUUGCCAUGCAGAUUAGCCGUGAUUGUUGGACAACCUUCUCAAGACGUGUGAAGUAGAUGCUAGGGCGCCUACUUGCAUGCCAGACCUCUCCUAGGUGAUACAAGAGCUGCAGUAUGGCAAAGACCUGCGUGCACACACAUCCAGAUCCAGAUCGAUAUUUGCAAUGUAUACCCCAGUGACGGGGCCGACAAAUGUGUGACACCCUGUGAUACCGGGUACUACCUGAACGGCGACACGUGCGAGGAGAAGGAGUGCACGUGCGCGCACGGCGUCGGGAACGUCGGCGCCGACUGCGCGACCCACGACACAAUCAGUUGCGAGUCCUGCGACGCGGGGUACCACGUGAGCGGGGACAUUUGUGCGGUGAACAUUUGCACGUGCCAAAGCGGGUUGGGCACCACCCUCACCGACUGCGCGACCCACAACACCCCCAGUUGCGCGCUGUGCAGCAAAGGGUUCCACCUGGACGGGACGGGGGCCUGCGUGGAAAACGCCUGCACCUGCGCCAACGGCGUGGGCACCACGGGCACGGAUUGCGUCACGCACGACACGCCCACCUGCGCCUCCUGCGACACCGGGGACAACUACGUGUUGGACGUCGGCACGCAGCGGUGCCUCUGCAACGACGCCACGGGGUACUACCUGGACAGCACCAGCGACACCUGCAAGGAGAAGCAGUGUACGUGCGUGAACGGGGACGGUUUUACCGGCGCGGACUGCGCCACACACGACCGGAUCCAAUGCGAAACCUGCGACGCGGGCUACCACGUCAGCAACGACGUUUGCGCAGCCAACAUCUGCACGUGCCAGCACGGGCUCGGCACCACGCUGACCGACUGCGCCACGCACAGCACCCCUUUCUGCGCGCUCUGCAGCAAGGGCUACCACCUGGACGGCACGGGGGCCUGCGUGGAGAACGAGUGCACCUGCGACCACGGCGUGGGCACCACGGGGGUGGCUUGCGUCACGCACAACACCCACAGCUGCGCGUCCUGCACGGCGACGAACUACGUACUGGACGCCGUCGUGGAGCGGUGCGUCUGCGACGACGCGAACGGCCACUACACGACCAGCGCCGGGGCGUGCGAGGAGAAGCAGUGCACCUGCGCGAACGGGCUGGGUACCACGGGCACCGCGUGCACGACGCACGACACGCCCCAGUGUGCCUCGUGCGACGCGGCCACCAACUACGUGCUUGAUGUCGCCUCGGAGAGCUGCGUGUGCAACGACGCCACGGGCUACUACCUGGACAGCAGUAGUGAUACCUGCAAAGAGAAGCAGUGCACCUGCCCCAGCGGGGUGGGGAGAACCGGCGCGGCCUGCGCGUACCACGACGCGAUUCGCUGCGAGUCCUGUGAUGCCGGGUACCACCUGCACGGGGACACGUGCGCAGCCAACAUUUGCACGUGCCCGAACGGGGUGGGCGCGUCUUUAACCACCUGCGAGACCCACGGCGAGGCCAGCUGCGCCGUGUGUAGCUUUGGGUACCACCUGGAGCAGAAAGCCUGCGCGGAAAACGUGUGUACGUGCGCCAACGGGGACCCGACCACGGGCACCUCCUGCUUCGCCCACGGCACUCCUGGGUGUGCCAAGUGCAACGAGAGCCUGGGUUAUUUCUGGGACCCGAUUUUCGGGUGUGGUAUUCGCGAGUGCAUUUGUCCCAACGGGCAGGGGAAAACCGGAAUCGACUGCCCCAACCACGGGGACCACGAGUGCGCCAAGUGCGACGAGGGCUACGAUUUGGACCAGGCCGUUUGUCACACCACGACCACGACGACCACCACGACGACCACAUCGAGCACCACGACCAGCAGCACUACUACCACCACGUCCACCACGACGGUCACGAGCACGACGACCACCAGUACCACGACGACGACGAGUACCACCACCACGGUGACCACGAGCACCACGACCACCACCAGUACGACCACCUCCACCACCACCACAACCGCGGCCGGGUUCGCCAGCUUGGCGAUGGAAGGAACCUUUUCCGCCCCCGAAGGCGUGGAUUUGUCGACGGAUCAGGCCUUCCUCGAAGCCGCGAUCGCCUCCAUCGCCGCCGUGCUCGGAAUCGAUCCCUCCGAAGUGGUCGGUGUUUCCUUCGAGCCGGUGCGGAGGAAGAGAGAUCGGCGUCGUGCGCUGGUGGACGAGGGGGAGGAGGGGAAACAUGACGUGUUCGUUAAAACAAGUGAUAGAAAUAGUUUCUACUUCUACAACUGGCUGUUCGCACCGUGGUCUACUUCUUCGACGGCGCUACGACGGAUGUUGACCUCCUCCUCGGGCAGCAGUUCCUCCGCGGGGCAGACCUUCCGCAUCACCGCCACACUGGCCGUGGACGACGCUUCCACCAAAGAAAAAAUCGUGGCGGCCACCGCGGACAAGGACGCGCUGGCCGCGAGCAUGGCGACCACCAUCGCCACGGAGGCUGCCGAGAAGGUGCCUGGGCUAAAAGUGGAGUCCAUGGCCGUGGACACGAGCGCGAGCGACGGGUUUCUGGCCCCCACGAAGACCGGGGCCGGGUUCGCCAGUCUGGCCAUGGACGGGGUUUUCCGUUCGCACGUCGAGCUAGCGACCAGCACGGAGUUCAAGACCGCGUUCAAAGGCGCUGUGGCAACCGCACUGGACGUGAACGCCACCGCGGUCAUCUCUAAUGUGGAGGUGGUCAGUACGCCCCCGCCGCCGAGCUUCAGCAUAGGCGUCACGGUGACUAACAACAACGCGAACGCGGCCACCCGAAUGUUGCGCAUGCUUAUCAAAUCUGCAAAUAUUUUUUGUCUGGGCUGCUGGAGUACAUGACUUGUGAUGCGGAGUCAUGCAUGAAGAGGGGUGCUGCAGCAUUUGCAUUUCUAGGUGCAGCGGAGCAACAUGCCAGGACCAGGUUUAUUUCAGAAUUCUCUCUACUUGUUUGCAGUGCGCCUGCUCAGCACUGAAAACUGUGCACGGCUGCAUCAGAUCAAAUACGCUGCUCUCUUGCCGGUCAUGCAACGCAUUACAGACUUUGAUUUGUUUCCUGGAGUGGCAGACAAGCAACACUAGUUCCAACUAAGUAUUUCCCGGAGAGCCAAGACAUAUUUGCACUUGAUAAUGCUGCGGGGCCUUCUAUUCUUCGCAAGUGAAGAUGCUGACGCUGAGGACGAGGUUGCUGGAACAACAAGCUAUGCGGAUGAAGCAGCUGCAGCACCCAGAACAAGAAAUCUGGGGGUAAAAACGUUCCACCACCUGGAAAUCAAAACCGCACUGAACGUUCCCGAGGACGACGCCGCGCUGCGCAACAAGAUCAUCGGCGCGACCCGCGACGCGGCCACCUUUUCCACCAAAGUGUCGAAGGCGACGACACUGGCCAUGCCGGCCGCGGAAGUGUACUCCUUGUACUUCAGUGCCACGAAGAGCGAGGGGUUUCUGUCCGAGACGCGGAUCGCGGCCAACGCCCCCCCGCCCUCCUCAGUGGAGGAGGACAACAACUUUGGGCUCAUUUUCGGGGCGGCCGCGGGCGGGGUUUUGGCUCUUGCCUUCGCAAUCGGGUAUUAUUACCUGGCGAAAAAGAAGAGCAAAGAGGGCGACCAAGACAGCGAGCAGGGUACCGCGACCAGCAGCAGCUACACCACCGCAACAUCUUCUGCGAUUUUUUCCGCGGAAAAGGCGGAAAGCAAGCUCAGUUCCGAGCACAAGUUUCCCCCGCACCUGUUUCAGUGGAAGCCGCCGAUUGUUCCCGCCGAGGAAACCGAGUCCGAAUUCUCGAGCCAGGACACCAGCCUCUCCUCCCACCCGGCGCCACAUCAGCGCCACGAGUACGCCGAGAAGUGGCGUGCGUAUCGCGAGGGGCUGCUGCGCCCGCCCGCUUCUAAGGCCACGCCAGAUCAAGAGGGUCGUGCCGAAGGAGCGGAACCGCAGCAAGGGGCGGCCACUGGAGCUGCUGAGGAGAAAAAUGGGCAGUGGCUCCGCCGGGGCGGCCGGUGGUGGUUUCGCCCGGACCAUGAGCAGCACUUGGAGCGCGAGAUCAGAGCAGCGGAGGAAAGCAACCAAGUAGAACAACCAGCGGUAGCGGCCCAGUCAGCUGUGUCUGAGUCAGUCAGCCCGGACGGAGAUAAUCACGACCAGCCCCCGACUCCACCGACGGAAGCAGAACUGGAGCGGAGCAGCGCGACGAGUAGCAGUUCCUCCACCGAGGAGCCCGCGCUACGCGUGCCCACCUACGUGCGGCCAAAACCGCGCGAGACCGUGACCGAUCCCGCCGACGUGCACCCGAGUAUACAUAGCGACUCGUACGUCGCACCGCUCGACCCCUCGCACUUUUUCGAGAGCGCCAUUGCGUACACCACCGCCAAUCAAGAUGCGCUGCCCACUAGUCGGAAGUCCGUAGAGCGGUUCCACGCGGACCGCAGCGCGAAUAUGCUGCGGCUCCUGGACGAGGCGGGGGACGGCAGUUAUCAAGUGUAAAAAUGUCUGGGUCUGGAUCUGGAAGAAUGCAAGUUUGUCAUGCUUGUCUGGCAUGACUCUUAAAUCUGUCAUGCACAUUACCAAAGAGCCUCACUCUUCUGUCAUGCAGAAACGCAGUUUGUCAUGCAGAAUAGGCAACACCUAGAAGCUCAGAAACUUGUGAUGCUGCGCCAGCAUUUGUGGCGUCAUCAUGAGAGGCCACCCAGCAUCACAAGUUUCCAGACCCAGACAUUUUUACUUUUGAUAGCAGGCGAAGGAGCACGACGAAGCGGGUGUCGCUGGCCGGGGAGCGGAGCGUCGUGCUAAUUGGUGACACGGAUGAGGAUAUGCAUUGCAAAUAUGUCUGGGUCUGGAAGAGUGUAAACUUGUCAUGCAGGCUUCCCAUGACCUUGAGGUCGGGAAUGCGGGACCUAGCAUGAGCAUGACAGAGUUUGUGAGGUCUCUGCCGUGCCUAUCCUGCAUGAGAAAGUCCCUCCAAACCUGGUCGAAAGUGGACAGCUUUUGGCACUCGUGCAACACAGAUUUCUGCAUGAUUCGGCUUUGCGGCCCCCUCUUUUUCGACGCGUUCGGACUGAGGAUUGUUCCGCUUGGCCUAAGCAGCAUCACCUCAGGCUUCCAGGCUUCCGAUUUAGCAUGGCAAGUUGCAAUCUUCCAGACGCCGACAUUUUUGCAAUCCAUAGAGGAGAGUACGGGUUCGAAAACACAGAAAAAGUACGACCCCGACGCACUGUCCCUCGAUGCGGUGGUAGUGGAGCGCCAAGGGUCGUCCGAUGAGUCUUCGGAGGACGGAGCAGCUGUUGAAAAGAACAGGAACACCACCACGGAAAAUGACAUGCUCGCCCCGGACGAGGUCGCAGAGCUGGAACAGCUGCAGCGCCCGACGACCUCCGAUAUGAAUGACUACAUUCUGGCCAGCAUGGCGCACACCGUUGUUGACCACACGCAGCACGUGGACUACAGCCACCUCAGUGGGUUUUUUAACUACAACUUCAACGAGGAAUAUCGCAAGAAAAAACUGUUUCACUGUGAACUUGUGAUGCAUAGAAUGGAACACAGGACUAUUUGUCUUGCUACACCUACAAGACCUUGACUCUUUAGUGGUGUUUUCCCAUUGAAAGCGCGCACCAUGGCAAAUUUUCUGUGUCAUGUGUAACAAACUUGUGAUGCAGAUCUUGCAAAAUGAUCACAGUGAAACAGUUUUUUCGUGGGAUAAGGAAGAGAAGCACGAGCCCUCCGAGGACGGCGUUACGGUCGCCUCGAUGGUCCAAAGGAAAAAGAAGCGGCGCAAGCGCCGGAGCAAAAAUCGUGCGAGCGAGAACAGUAUGAUCACAGUGGAGAAGAAUGUGGUUCUCGACGGCGAGGCCGCGAAUAGUGCGAAUGGCGCAUUAGCUUUAGCUGCUUCUGGGAAUGCGGAAGGAACAACUGACGAAGCAGUAGUAGAUCAGGCCGAAGGGAACAACAAUUUGUCUUCCACACGCCGCACAUCAAGUACCGCUGCGCAAGUCGCCGCGGCGCCCUUUCGCUUCUUCACGGGGGGAUUUUCUUCUCUGCUACUACGAGGACCUGGGAAUAUUAAUGGAUCUGCGUCUAGUACUUCUGCGCCGUCGAAAAUAAAGAUCGGCGCAGCUACUAGUACAACUGCCGAUGAACAAGUCGAAGCCCCCGCACUUGAAGUCGAAAUGACCGCUGCCGCAGUCGCUGACGACGUGCGGAGCGCUGGGUCGUCCUCUGGUCGUCGCGCCGGCACGGCUGCUGCACCAGGGGAUAAUGCACAAGAAAGGACAUCAAGCGGCGAAGUAGAUUACGCGACGGCAACAAGUCCGGGCAGUUUGGGUCUGGGAUCAUUCGAGUUGGCCAUCGUGGACGAGAAGUCUCCCAGCACGGAAGAAGUUUCUGGAGAACAAGCCGAUGUUGCAGAUGCACCUACAACGCCGACGUCGAUACUAGACGUUGCCCUGUUGACCACAGGAGCGGCACCUUCUGCUGGCGAAGGGGCCGACGCGCGUAUAGGAGAACAAGAACCCACCUCGCUGUUUGACGGUGGAUAUCUUUCGUCUUUUGCCGCGUCAGCUGCACAGCAGGUACUAAACAUCAUGGAUUUUUUAGAGCCGUACACAUCAACAAUAAAUGACACCUCCAGAACCUUUUUUCUCGAUGAGGUUGCUUGUGCCCUGUUCAGCGCAAGAUGAUGGGACGGAACAAGAUAAGAAUUACGCAGGAGAGCACGUUCUUGCAUAGGCUGUGGCCAGCACUUCUGCUAAGUCGACCGAUGCUUCUGUAGUUGACCAUGCAUCUUCGACCACUUUCAUCUCAGUUGUAUGUGUAUCCAAACUUGAAAAAUUGAAAUCACCACUUCUAUAACAGGUGGAGCAAAAAUCCGAACCGGCUCAAGAAGCUACAGCAGGCAUUGCGGUUGUACCAAAUUUUCCGUCGGUCAUGGACAAGGUGGAACCUCCUCCACCUCCGGACGACAAUAAUAUGGACCCGGCGCAGUUGGUUUCGGUCCUGGUGAUUCCGCCAUCGGAAAGUGAGAAGCCUUCGGACAGCGAGAAGCCAACACCGCGGGAGGGCGUGGGGGCAGCGCCCUCGUGGACGUCGCCAGACGCGGUAAUAUCGCCAUGGCCUUGGGCCUCUGUACUGCAAAAGUCAUCUUCGGCAGAAGAUCCUGAGCAAGUGGAAGUAGAUGCAAUGGGAACUACGGAUCCCACAUCAAAAAUCUGGAACCCAUACGACACGGUCCCCGCGGUAGAUCUGACAUACGGAGGGUUAUUUUUGCCCACAUCUACUACUACCCAGGAAGUACAAGUAGAGACACAACAAGACGAAGAAAAUAAAGAGAACUACGCCGGCACAGCAGCGAUAGAAGACGUCGUAGUACUCGAAGCUCCAGAAGGAAAACAAGACACUGCAGCUACCUCUACGCAACUGGACAAUAACGUCGACUUUAUGUCCCUCCUGGUCUCCAGUUUCGCCGCAUCGCUCGUUCCCUCCUCGACGGAUUCACCGCAGGAUGAACAAGCUGAUAGAAAUAAAUCAUCCGAUAAUUCCAAAGAACCUCCGAAGACGUCCGCUGAAAAAUCAGUGGCAGGAGACGAAGCAGAAGUUGUGCAACAAGUAGAUGGCCCUCAACUCGGCAGCAGCAGCAAGAAAAAGCUGAGCAAAAGUGCGGCCGCGUUCACUACCACUCUCCAGUCCGCCAGCUCGACCGGCGGCGCGCGCUUGCGACAAGCCGCGGGUGGCAUGAGGAAGCUCGUGGACGCCACCGCCGCCCGUGCCUUUAGAAGGUCCUGGGUUAUGGGGAAAUGGAAGACCUCCACGGAGACAGAGGAUAGUUCUGCGAGAGUAGAAUUACCGACGGAAGAUCAAGAUCAGAUCGAGAGUAGUCUGACAGUGGAAAGAAUAGGCAAGAUUAACGCAGAGGGUGGAAACAACGGUACCGCUUGUAGUUCCCUGGAUGGAGCUCCUGUUCUUCCUGAACAAGUAGAACUAGCGUCGCCAACAGUUGCUGUCCCUGAAGAUUAUACUAAUGGUCGUUCAGUGCAGGGGGAGGCUGUUGCUCAGCAAGAGGUGCGGAGUGAUGUGCCGUCGUCCACGAUUUCUCGAGCAGAUGGUGCCACGAGGACCAGUGCUGAUGUAGAAGGCGCUCCAAAAAAUGUGGGAAGCUCUUCUACUGCACCUGCUGCUAUUGGAAGUGCGCCACCAACCUCGGAGAAAGACCGAGUUGUAGUACAGGAAGAAGAUGUUGGCUGCACUACUAGUUUCGAACUAGGACAACAAGCUGCCGAGGUGGAAGUAGCAAGUCAUGCAACAUCGAACAAAAGUACGGCUGCUCUUCCUGCUGUGCCCUUUUCAACAUCAAGCGCAGAUUUCUACACUUCCUCCUUUUACAACUACCCGACCCUGCUUUCUUCUCCACAAAAGGACGAGGAGCCCGAUCUUGCUGCGCUGCAACAAGAGAAUGGUUCUCCGCCACUGCCGGAAGCUGCGGAGAGUGAAAAAAGCCGAAGUUGUAGCACUCCUGGCAACAAGAACUUGUCCAGCUCUCUUCAGCCGUCAUCAAAUGAGAAGGUUGUAGUGCCGGAAGGUGAGGCAGCCAGUUAUAAUUUCCCGAUGGUUCUUGCUACGUCCACGUCGGAAGUUGUACAUCUAGAACAAAACGCGAUCAAGAUGUCGACCCCUUCGUCUUCAACCGCGCAACAGAACAAAUCGCAAACACCUCCUGCUUCAGAGCUACCGAAAGCGCAGGGAGGAAAUUAUUACGGCGGAGUUACGAAUAACACCUCCACCGCAGUUGAACCAAGAAAAGGAACAACGGCCAAACAACCUGAAAAUAAAGUUCAAGUGGCACUGACGAUGGAGAAUCUGUAUAGCAUGUUCGACAAUGGGGGAGCUGGUCUACCUCCGGUAACGCAGAGCUACGCUACAAGUUCCGCUUUUGACCGUGAACAUGAUCAUGAUGUUGACUCGGUUUCGCUCGGUUCUCGCAGUCACGUCGGAGUAGAGCAAGACGACAGCGUGGCGAAGUUGCGCGAGUAUCUACGUGCGAACGCAGGCCAGGCAGUUGCGUCUAGCACAACUCUUGCGAGGAUGAACACGACCAGCAAUAAUAAAGCCGCUGCACGGGGCGGCGCUACGGAAGAAUCACAGCAGCAUCCUACCAAAGGGUCGUCGUCGUGGCAAACGUUUGGCGACGCAGCCGAGCAAGGUCCUCGAAUAUUAAAUCCUGCGAAAAGUAGCGCAUGGCAGCGCGAUCCGCGCAACGGUAAGUGGAUAGGGAGAAGCGGAGCUGAAAGCGAGUCCCGCUACUCGUCCACCUCUCGCGGGUAUCCGAGGAAAAAACGUUGUUAGUGUAAAUUUGUGAUGCGCAACAUGCAAGAUGAUUGCGUCUGUCAUGCUUGGCAUGCAUCGUAGGGUCCAUUAAAGGGCGUUUUCGCGUGCUAUCUGCGCAUGGCAGGUUUUUGCUGUGAUGCCAGGCAAAUUUGUAAUGCUGUUCCUCCGAAAAAGUUACACCUACAAGGCUUUUUUCUUGGAUAGCGGGCCGGGAAGCAGUGCCGCAGGUCGUCCCAGGACCGAAGAUUCUUUCUCGCAAUAUUGAGAGGAAAAAUCCCCCCUCCCCAUAUCGAAAAGGUAUGUUUCCAAAAAUUUGUGUUGCGGAAUUGAGGUCACAAAUCACCUCUGUCUUGCAAGAAGGCAAACCCAAAGAAUACGCCGCCUUACUUAUACAGGCGAUUUGUAAUGCUGUUUCACCUACAUGGCAGGCCUCUCUUAUGCCAAGCGCCUACAACAAAACACCCCCACGCAGGCUGAGGCUUUGCCUGUAGUGCCUCGCUGCAAGACAGGGCUGAUUUGUGUACACAAAUCCAGCAACAGAAGUUUCCGUUUCAAUAUGGGGAGGGGGGAUUUUUCAUUUUGAUACGCAAAGAUCGGUCCACAGUGGACGGACAAACAACAGCACUACUUCGGGUGCAGCGCAACACCGAGGCAGCUCUAUCGAGGAACUGCGCUCCCGGCUGAUGGGAAGAAAUGGCGGCACAAAUUAUCUCCCCGGGGUCGCCGAACAUCAAUCGGGGGAAUCGGAAUCCUCGUCCCGGCGACACCAGUUUGACGAGGAUGAUCUUCGCAGUGACUGGUCAGAUACCCAUACCGAGGAUAUAACCAGCGUGGAUACCAGGUCGGGCGCCCCGGCCGCCGCGUCCGUCUUGGGCAGGAUAAAAAACUUCAAUCGGCAGAGCAGAUCAUGAUGAACCAACAGGGAAGAUGAAAUAGACGCGAUUUGUAGUAAAGCAGGAACAUCACAAACUAGUACACUCGUCGCCGCGCUUCUUGUUGGAGAAACAGGACGUGCAGUAGAAAAGUAUGCGAUAAACGUGAAUGUCCCCAAUGUUUAGCAUGUUUUUCAAAGUCACAGGAACGUGAAUCUGCCGAAGUACUUUGGUAGAGCAGUAGCAGUACGUGUCACUUCUGAUGAAUGUUGUGUCUACCACUUUCCACAAGCACACGACAUACUGGCAAUCUUAACAGCUACUUACAACGAAUUUUUCGUUGGAUCAUCAAGAAGGAAGCUGCUAUAUUUACUUGUUAGUUUUACCCCCUAAGAGCAAUAGUAAAUGUACUUGUAUACAACAACAGCUCCUGCAUACUCCUACCAGUACAGGAACAGACCACACUGUAUGAUCUGCUUGUCGUCCCUUUAUUCGCCUUUUCCAGAAGAAGAAAAUGAAAAUUAGUCUCUACGUAGACGUACGCAUGAAAUUUAUACAGUUUGUUUCUGAGUUUCUGUAUUGUUAUUUCCAAGUGUCGAUGACGUAACUGUAAUUCUAACUAACCCCCCAUUCCUGGACAAUAGGUUUAUCAAAAAUUCCGAAUAUGUCACUUGUGAGUUUGAGUUUGUACUUAAUUGCAGCCACGAU